AGACAUUUCAUUUUACAUGUGGAGUUUCUCGUUCCUGAUUGCUGCAAGAGCUCAUAAAAAUGACUGAUAAGGAAUAUGCAGGUCUUUCGGGCAUCCGUUGAUGUAAAUGAACAAAGCAGAUAUGCAGUGCUUACAUGUACUGUAAAUGAAAUUGUGAAGAAAUCUGUAGGCAACACAGCAUCAGAUACUAUAAGUAAUUUUAUUUUUUGAACGAAUUGAGAAAACACGACACAUUGUCAGUCUAAAAAGGAGGAGAUUGCUCGACAGUUUAUGCUUCCGGAAAGAAAAUCAAAAAUAGCAACUCUUCUGAAGCAAGAUGGACAAGCCUACUGCAUCUGCAGGUCCUCAGAUUCUUCGAGAUUCAUGAUAGCAUGUGAUAAUUGUGAAGAAUGGUACCAUGGUGACUGCAUACGAAUCAGUGAAAAAGAAGCAAAGUAUAUCAAACAGUUCUUCUGUGUGAGAUGUCGGGAAGAGGAUCCUACAUUAGUUACUAAAUACAAGCCUAGAAAACGAGAGGGUGAACAUUCAUCUUCAAAUGCAAUUGAUCGUCAGUCGAGAGACAGAAAACGGAAAGAAAAAGUUGGGUCUGCCGAUGAGAAAACCAGGAUGUCAAAGCGAUGUGGGCGUUGCAAAGGCUGUUACCGAACAGAAGACUGUGGACACUGCGACGGUUGUCGUAAUACUGAUGGUAUACGGCACGGACGACAGUUACCGCGCUGCUACAACAGACUCUGUGUAGGUGUCCACCGUUCUGCAACAGCAUCGAGACGUCGUGUACGUACUCGCGACUCCAGUUCAGAUGGUGGAGGAGCUAUGCCUCCUACAGUUUUUGAGCAUGGUGGCAUUGUGCGUCAGUGUUAUGGCCCAAGCUGUACACAGCCUGCAAGACCCUCCAGCAAAUACUGCAGUGAUGCUUGUGGCCUGAAGCUUGCUGCAAAUCGCAUAUAUCAGGUCUUGCCACAACGUAUCCAGGAAUGGUCCCUUUCACCUUGUGUUGCAGAAGAAAACAAUAAAAGACAAUUAGAAAGUGUGCGGAGACAACAGUUGGAAGUACGUGCUAUUCUACAUGAUCUUGAUAAACGGCAUAAGGAACUGGAUGCUAUGAUAGAUCGGGCAGCUGCUGCUGUAGCUGACCCUAACUGGAAAGAGGAAGCAGAGGAUGAAUGUGAAGCUAGCAUGUACUGCAUCACUUGUGGUCACGAGAUACAUUCACGAACUGCCAUCAAGCAUAUGGAGAAGUGCUUCAACAAGUACGAAAGUCAGUCUUCAUUUGGAUCUAUAUACAAAACGCGCAUUGAGGGUAACAAUAUGUUCUGUGACUAUUAUAAUCCAGCAAACCAGACAUAUUGCAAGAGACUGAAGGUACUCUGCCCAGAACAUUCAAAAGAACCAAAGAUUUCUGAUACUGAGGUAUGUGGCUGUCCUCUGGUGGUAAAUGUAUUUGAACCUACAGGCGAAUUUUGUCGUGCACCAAAAAAGAGCUGUGUGAAACACUAUCAUUGGGAAAGAUUGCGGAGAGCUGAAAUUGAUAUGGAAAGAGUUCGACAGUGGCUGAAGAUAGAUGAGCUGAUAGAACAAGAGCGUCAAAUACGCCACAUGAUGGCGAGCAGGGCAGGUGUUCUUGGUCUGAUGCUGCAUUCCACAUACAAUCACGACCUCAUGGAGCAAAUGACGUCAAAUCAAGACCGACAGCAGUAAUAUUGACCGAGAGGAGCAAUGUUACCAACUACAAUAUCACAAUGUUGAUGCUGUGUUACAUUUAAGAAAUAUUUUAAUUACAGUUAAGUUAAUCUCUCUUGGUUCCACUUGAACAUAUUAUUGUAUGUUUUUAUCAACAGUGAGCAAUUAUUAUCAUCAUUUUCUGCUUGUCAGAAAAUAAAAUGAACUGCACUGCAUAAAAAAGAUAAACUGUUUUUCAUAUAAAAAUCCUGCAUAGCCACUUAAUGGUAACAAUUGACUGGUAUUAGCCACUUUAUAGCGAUGGUUCACUGGUGUGAUUAUUAGUCACUUAAUAGAAAUGGUUCACUGGAAUAAUUAUUAGCUUUUUGUAUUGGUGGGGACCAUUAAAUUAGUCUGUCAUUACUGAGGAGAAAGAGAAAGUGCUAAGGAAUAGCAUUUCUCCACCAUGACUGUACAGUGGCUUGUGAUGUAUUUAUGAAGGUGUAUACAUGGCAGAGAAAGGCUUUUGAGGUUAUGGGCAAUGAAUGUGGCCAGCAUAGGAAGAUAAAAAAUGGAGCAAGGGAGUGAUGUGUUGUAUUUUAUAAAGUUUUUACUUUGUUAUUCUACUUCUCUACAAAUUUAUCAUGUGUUCUUAUACAUCAGAACUGUGCAAUGUUGGUGUCUUUUGAAUGCUUACUGAAUUGGUAAUAAAUGUAAAUGUCGUGUGACUAGGGCCUCCCUACAGUUAGACCAUUUGCCGGGUGCAAGUCUUUCGAUUCUAUGCCACUUUGACGACUUGCGCAUCAAUGGGGAUGAUGUCGAUGACGACGACGAUGACAAUGACAAUACAAAACCCAGUCCCUGAGUGGAGAAAAUCUCUGAUCCUGCCAGGAAUCAAACCUGGGCCCUUAGGAUUGACAUUAUCUCGCACUGACCACUCAGUUACCGGGGGUAAUGACAUUCCACAAUCAAUUGUGGUUGGUUGUUUGUUUUUAUUUUUAUGUUAAGCUGCGUGGUAAAAUAUGAUUGUCGCAAGUCAGAUGUGCCUUGGAGUGGUAGAUUCAGAUCUAUCUACUCACUGUCACAUUAGUAAGUGCAUCCAGCAUCUCUAUUAUCCAGGAGACAGAGUAGCAGUUACCUUAGAUCAAAUCUUCUCCGCCCUGUGAUCUCGUGGAUCAUUAUCGGAAAGCCCCUGAAACAUACACAGAUUCAGAUUUAUAAGCUGGCUCACAUUCUGCAUGUCUUUGCUGGUUAGUUCAUAUUGCACAACUAAAAUGAAUAGUGCUCUUAGUAUUCAAAUUAUAAAAACACUAAUGUUUAAUGUGUAGAACUAUAUCGUUAUCUCUACAAUUUCUCUUGAAGCUCAGUGAUAAUUCUUAAACUUCACAACUAUUUUGAUGUCUUUUGAUCCCUAUUAGAGCUUAAGAUACCGCUGAAACUAUGUCUAUCUGUGCUAUCAAGAAUUAACUGCAGUUAUAUUGCCAGAUGCCAAAAGUCCCUCAGGGAAAUCUUUUCCAUUCUCCCAAGCACAUUUCAAGAUGGUUUCAAUAGUGGAAAUUGGUAUCUCUGUACGAUCUACCAUACGACAAAAAAAAAAAAAAUCGGUCUUCAUCAUAGUGUGGAAAAUAAUUCAUGUGAUUUCAUUAAUGAAUUAGUGAGUGAAGUAUUACUGUGUUAAAACACUGGCUUCAUAUUCAGAAGGAAAAUUGUUAUUGUUCAAAUCCAGCUUUUCAUAAAUUGCAGUAAGUGAAUGGUAUGAUUUGUUUGAAGUGGCUCUGAUUGAUUUCCUUCACUAUCCUCCUCACACUACAGAAUUGAUUUCAUUCAGAUGUUAACCUGUCACAUUUUAGCAUUUGUUCCUCUCUUUUUACCUUCCUUCCUUUUGCUUAAGAAUUUUCUACCAUAGUGCUAGAAACUUUCAGAAUGAAAUGGAACAUGAAAAUAUGAUGCAUGUUUUUAAGUAAUACUGUAUUGAAAUAAGAAUAAAACAAGUAUACAUUU